AUGACAAUGCUGAAAAAAUUGCCCGAAGAAGUCUUAAAUUUAUGGAACAAUUGGGAGAUUCGAGGAAUGGUUUUGCUUAGUCUCUUGCUACAAACCAUCCUCAUCAUAUUUGGGUCUCGGCGAAAGACCAAUGCCAGAAUCUGGAUUAGGAUUCUCGUUUGGUCUGCAUACCUAUCAGCAGACGUGGUGGCAACUGUUGCCCUGGGUACUCUAGCCAGGAGCCAAGGAGAUUCAUCAGGUGACAGUUCAGAGAAAGUAAACAAUUCCAUCCAGGCAUUUUGGGCGCCUUUUCUACUCCUGCACCUUGGUGGCCCAGACACAAUCACUGCAUACUCGAUUGAAGAUAACGAGUUGUGGUUAAGACAUUUACUUGGUUUUGUAUUCCAAGUCGGGGUGGCUUUUUAUGUCUUCUCAAGGUCCUGGGAUAGCGGUAUCCUCUCAUUCAUAGCGAUCCCAAUGUUCGCUGUUGGCAUUGCAAAGUACGCAGAGAGGACUUGGGUGCUCUGGUCUUCAUGCUCCAAGAGUUUGAAAAACUCUUCUCUCUCAGAAUUUUGGGGUUUUUAUCGUCGUACGAGAAUAUCAGAAACUCCUCCACGAGACCUCCUGGAAAAUUGUCUUCUUCAAGCUUAUGUUUUUUCUUAUAUAUCCAAGUUUGUGAUGCAGGAUCUUGCCUUCAAGGUGGUAGAGGCUGAGCUUGGAUUGAUAUAUGAUAUGCUUUAUACUAAAGCGCCUCUGAUUUACUCCCGUGGCGGAAUCAUUCUUCGCUGUAUCAGCUCUCUGCUCUCUGUUACUGCGUUUAUUACCUUCCAGGUCAAGAUUGACAAGCAUGACUACUCAAGGACCGACAUUGCAAUCACGUAUUUAUUGUUUGCGGCCGCUGUUUUUCUCGAGUUUUAUGCUUUUUUAUGCCUUGUUUUGUCUGACUGGACAAUGAUUUGGUUGAUUGAUAAAGUAGGGAACGACCAGACAGGUGCAACUUAUUCUCUGAUAUGGAAGUUACCUAGAGGCGAGAGGUGGUCGAGAUCCAUAUCACAGUAUAACCUGAGAAGCUCUUCCAUUGAAAGAGAGCCACCUAGAUGCUUGAAAUUUCUGGGAAUCGAUGACAUGAUGAGGCAGAUGCAUGUGAAUCGGAAAGAUUUGAAUGGUAAACUAGAAGAUCUUAUUUUCAAACAUCUUCGAGAGAAAGCUCAGACGAUUAAGCAAGAUUUGAAUGUCUGUGAUAAGAAUCACAGAAGUAAAAUAAUAGGUCAGAGGGGAGAUGGUGUGCUAGAAAGAGAGGGACUGUUACAGGACUACAAGUGGAGCACGACUGAAGUAGAAUUCAGUCGGAGCAUUCUUGUCUGGCAUCUCGCAACAGAGAUUUGUUAUCGUGCUGAUAUUAAAGACGGAAGCAAUGUCUCCACAGAAAAUGAAACAAGCAGAUGCCUAUCCGAAUACAUGAUGUAUCUUUUGGUGAUAAGACCAAAUAUGCUCUCUAAAGGAUCCGGUGAUGAUGAGGCAUAUCAAGAAACCUUGCGAGAGUUGCGGCGUCAAAAAGAUGGUGGUCCUGAUGAUGAGGCAUAUCAACGUAGCUUGCUAGACUUGCGCAACAGUGAACCACGUGGUUGUAACGAAGGAUUGCUCCAAAGUCGCUGGAAAACAAAAAAGUCAGUGCUAAUCGGUGUGGCUGUGCUCGCCAGGCAAUUGCUUUUAUUGGAACCUGAGAAGCGAUGGGGGACGAUAAAUGAAGUUUGGAUAGAAAUGGUUGCAUAUGCAGCAGCUCAGUGUCCCUGGAAAGAACAUACUCAUCAAUUGAGAAGAGGUGGAGAGCUACUCACUCAUGUCUCCCUUCUCAUGCUACAUCUUGGCUUGAGCGCACAGUACGAAUAUAAUACAUAUGAAGACGUGUCGUUUGAAUUGCAAGGGGUAAAUAUACCAAAAAUCCUUCUCUCAAGUACCUCGAUAGAUUAG